AUGGAUCAGCUCGAUGCAAUCUCAAAUCAAAUUAUGAUCAUCGCCGGUAUUCUCAUGUACAUAUUCGGUUCAAUUGGAAAUAUUCUUAACAUUUGGGUUUUCUCUAUCUGGUCUCGUUCUCCUAAUCAAUCUCAAAAACACUAUCGACAUAGUCAAACAAGUAAUAGUUCAUUAUAUCUACUUGCAUCAUCUAUCGCUAAUCUAUUUGUUAUUAUUUAUCCACUUUUAACUCGAAUUAUGUUCGAUGGUUAUCAUUAUCGAGUUACAUCAAACAAUGUUCUUAUCUUCUGUAAAUUACGUUUCUAUGUUUUACAUACAUUCGAUUUAAUUUCAUUAAUAUGUAUUUGUAUGGCAACAUUUGAUCGUUAUUUAGUUUCAUCAAGAAAAGUUCGUUUGAGGAAAUUGAGUACACGACGACAACAAACGAAAUUAAUCAUUUUAUUUCUGAUUGUUUUAAUUGGAUUACAUAGUGUACCUAUCAUGAUCUUUUUCGAUGUUUCAUCAACGGGUAAAUGUACAAUUUUAUCAACGAAUUAUUUGUAUUAUUAUUUAUGUACAAUUCAAAUAGUUCUUCAUGGAAUUAUUCCGAUUAUAUUUCUUUCCAUAUUUGGUUUAUUGACAUUUAAACAAUUGAAAAGAAUAAAAACGAGAAGUUAUUCUCAUCAUCAACAUUAUCAUAAACGACAAAGAGGAAUUAGUAGUGAUAAACAAUUAUCCCGAAUGCUUUUGUUAAUGUCUCUAGCAAUCAUUUUAUCAUCAAUUCCAUAUUGUAUCGAACAAAGUCUCAAUGUUAUGUUUAUUCGAGAUGAUCGAUUGAAUUCGUCAGAUUUUUUCUUCUUUCAUGUUAUAUCUCAUAUCUUAUUUUACACAAAUCCAGUAACUAGUUUUUAUAUUUAUUAUAUUUCCACUCCAAAUUUUCGCAUUCAAGUCAAAAGAAUUAUUUUUUGUCAAAAACGCGUUCAUUAUGUUCUCUAUUAUCAAGUUGCACGCGUUUCAUCCACUCACAGUACAUCCGUUAACAUUUAUAGUAAAACAUCUCUUACCGAACGUUCCUCAAAACCCACAAUUCUUUAA